AUGUUUAAAAGUCAUUUAGAAAUGAUUGGCAGAAAUGAGACGCCAUCGAAGAAAGCCAGAUUUUGGCAAUCCUUCGUGCGAUCUCUCAAAGGAUCGGAAGACAUCAGAGCCGAGGAGAGAUACAGGCCCAGCCGCCGUAGCGUGUUCCCUGAGCUCUUGAGCACUAGCUACCCCUACACCAAGUCUAUCUACGACGACCCCAUCGCCGCCGCUGAGAGGAUCACCGUCCCCGGAUACCGUUACCUGCCCGUCCACCGUGAGGUUUACGGAUACUCCCCGCGCCCCAUCUAUGCCCACAACUACGCGCGCUCCCUUGACUCGUACAGGCCAAUUUACCACGUACCAAGGCGCGUCCGACGAGGCGUCGAUCCCUUCGAUGCCCACAAGGCGUGGCAGGACCAUCUCGACAGACUGGCAGCUAUCGACAGGCUGUACCCCUCUCGCUACGGUCUCUACCUGAAGGACCGGGCAUACCCCAUCACCGACCUUAGCGCUCCCAUUUCCGCACCCCUGGAGCCCAAGAGCCUAAAGGGCAUCGAAUAUGAGCCCGACAGCAAGCCCCACUGGGGAACAGGAGCGUGGCCGGCGAGGAUAUCGGACCCGUUCAAAAACGACCCAUUUUUCUCUGAAGCCGAAAAAUGGGCAGGUUUUGACCGCUCACUCCGAGGGAAGUCCCCGACGCCGGUGAAGCCGAGGAUAAGCCCACCGCGCGACUGCGAAGUCGCAUACGAUGCCGACGGUGCACCGCUGUACAACGCUGGUGGACUCCGAAGAAGGCCUUGGGCUGACAUUUUCAACCCGAGCCCCUCUCUACCAAUCUCGGCGAUCACUCGGGACCCCUUCUGGUACGACUGGCCGGAGCUGAAGCCCCUGGCUAGAUGGGACCGCAGCCCCUCCUACAUCCGUGACUCGUACCUGUCGCCAGUCAAACGCACCUUCCUUUGGGACAAACACCCGAUCAGGCCGUUAGAUUUAAUGAUGGCAGACCAGUUCACCGUGGGUGACCUAAGCAAGACUUUACCGUUCAUUCGUAGUCUAUAA